CCCCCUCCAUCUCGACUCGACUCACUCGUCCGCUCUCUUCCACCACCACGGCGGCGGCCAUCCAGAUAGACAACCGAGCCGACUUUCAAGAAAAGAAGUCGGCGGCAUCUCCACGGCGCACGCAUCGCAUCGCAGAACAUGUAGCAGAGCGCAUCCCCUCCCUCCCCUUAGCCCCCCCCCAAGUCUUCUUCUUCUUCUCCCAACUCGCCCUCCUCCGACAGACAACUGCAACUGCAACACGUCCCCCCCCUUGUUCAUAAUUCCCCCGGCCAUCUUCCUUCCGUCUCCAUCCGAUCCGAUAAAGCGCACCAUAUAUACCUCCGACCGACCCCGUCGUCGGUUCUUCCGCUUAAUCGACCAUGCUCAAAGCCUACAAGAACCUCUCGCCCAAGACGCGGCUUGCCGUCGGCGUCGGCGUCAUCGCCUGGGGCGUUGCCGGCCUCUACCUAAGUGACCGGGCAGAGGAGAGGCUCGGCUAUACCCCGUCUGACAAGGACAAGGAGGAGCUGCGCAGCUGGGCGCCGCGCAUUGUGACCGUUGACAAGUCCGAUCGCGGGGACAAGUAGACGCGCUUCUGCGUGGCUGAUGUCUAAUAUUGUACAUUGUUGGUAGACUGAGCAGUUGAUCAACCACCCGCUCCACACAUGAGUGAGCAUCACAAUAGUAUCUCACGCAUCACGGUCCUACAACCUCAAGUGUACAAAAACAUCGUUGAUCAAUUCCGGCCAUAGAGUCAUCAUGGCCCUCGGAAAUACACAGUAGCCGACCGACCGUCCGUUCUAUCUGAAGGAUCAAAAGUCUAGUAAUGCAAACUCAACUCCCGUCCGCCGUCUAUCCUUUUCGGAAAUGCAUUUGCAGAGCUGGACCGCCUUCCCGCCUUGCUUGACAAGAGUCAGCGCGCCUUGGCGCCUGC